UUGUUUCUCUUGGCUGUGAUGGCCUAUGAUCGCUAUGUAGCCAUAGGUAACCCCUUGCUCUACAGUGUUGCAAUGUCAGAUAAGCUCUGUUGGCAACUUGUAACUGUUCCCUAUGUAUACUGCUUUUCUGUGGCAAUUUUGCAAACUAUCAUCACAUUCCGCUUUUCUUACUGUGCCUCUAAUGUCAUUAACCACUUCUACUGUGAUGACAUUCCUCUCAUAGCCCUCUCUUGCUCAGAUACUCAUGUUAAAGAAAUCCUGAUAUUUGCCUUUGCUGGAUUUGACAUGAUCUGCUCUUUGUUGAUUGUCAUCAUCUCCUAUGUCUUCAUCAUUGCCACCAUCUUGCGGAUUCGCUCAACAGAGGGCAAACUCAAGGCCUUCUCCACCUGUGGUUCACACAUAGUUACUGUUAUCAUUUUCUAUGGCAUUCUGUUCUUUAUGUAUUUGCAGCCACAGUCUAAACACUCACUGGACACAGAUAAAAUGACAUCAGUCUUUUAUACAAUAGUAAUUCCCAUGUUGAACCCACUUAUUUACAGCUUGCGGAACAAGGAGGUAAAAGAGGCUGUCAGGAAAAUUCUGGGAAAUACCUGGUCAGUUGCUCAUUUCAGACUCUUAGACAAAUGA